GGAGUGGGCGGGGGUGUGCGCGCUGGGAGGGGGGCCGCCCAGUCCACCUAUAUGCGCCGCAGCCCGGCUGACGGAUGCCAGGAAUUCCCAAUGAGAAGCGAUGGGGGGAAGUUUGGGCAACUCGGCCUGGCCAAUGGAGAGCCUCGGGAGGGCUCUGCCCCUUCCCCCCGCCCCCGCCCGCCUCGGUUCCCGCAGCGCGAGUGUGUCCGCCUUGCUUAGUGUGCGUGGAGAUUAGGUCCGAGCGCCCGCCCAGAGAUAGGCAGUCCUCGGAGCCCACCCGCCGCUGUCGCCGCCACUAGCAGCUUUCGCCAGCAGCGCCGCGGCGGAACCGGGCGCAGGGGAGCGAGCCCGGCCCUGCCAGCCCAGCCCAGCCCAGCCCAGCCCAGCCCAGCCCAGCCCUGCUCCCUUCCCACGCCAGGGCAGCCGCCGUAGCUCGGAGAGAAGGUGGAGGAAGAAAUCCAGCCCCUCGCACGCGCGCACCAUCAUGGACCAUUAUGAUUCUCAGCAAACCAACGACUACAUGCAGCCCGAAGAGGACUGGGACCGGGACCUGCUCCUGGACCCGGCCUGGGAGAAGCAGCAGAGAAAGACAUUCACGGCAUGGUGCAACUCCCACCUCCGGAAGGCAGGGACACAGAUCGAGAACAUCGAAGAGGAUUUCCGGGAUGGCCUGAAGCUCAUGCUGCUGCUGGAGGUCAUCUCAGGCGAACGCUUGGCCAAGCCAGAGCGAGGCAAGAUGAGGGUGCACAAGAUCUCCAACGUCAACAAGGCCCUGGAUUUCAUAGCAAGCAAAGGCGUCAAACUGGUGUCCAUUGGAGCUGAAGAAAUCGUAGAUGGGAAUGUGAAGAUGACCCUGGGCAUGAUCUGGACCAUCAUCCUGCGCUUUGCCAUCCAGGACAUCUCUGUGGAAGAGACUUCAGCCAAGGAAGGGCUGCUCUUGUGGUGUCAGAGAAAGACAGCUCCUUACAAAAAUGUCAACAUCCAGAACUUCCACAUAAGCUGGAAGGACGGCCUUGGCUUCUGUGCCUUGAUCCACCGACACCGGCCUGAACUGAUUGACUACGGGAAGCUGCGGAAGGACGAUCCACUCACAAAUCUGAACACGGCUUUUGACGUGGCAGAGAAAUACCUGGACAUCCCCAAGAUGCUGGAUGCCGAAGACAUCGUUGGAACUGCCCGACCGGAUGAGAAAGCCAUCAUGACUUACGUGUCUAGCUUCUACCACGCCUUCUCUGGAGCCCAGAAGGCGGAGACAGCAGCCAAUCGCAUCUGCAAGGUGUUGGCCGUCAACCAGGAGAACGAGCAGCUUAUGGAAGACUACGAGAAGCUGGCCAGUGAUCUGUUAGAGUGGAUCCGCCGCACCAUCCCAUGGCUAGAGAACCGGGUGCCCGAGAACACCAUGCACGCCAUGCAGCAGAAGCUGGAGGACUUCCGGGACUACCGGCGCCUGCACAAGCCUCCCAAGGUGCAAGAGAAGUGCCAGCUGGAGAUCAACUUCAACACACUGCAGACCAAGCUGCGGCUGAGCAACCGGCCCGCCUUCAUGCCCUCCGAGGGCAGGAUGGUCUCGGAUAUCAACAAUGCCUGGGGCUGCCUGGAGCAGGUGGAGAAGGGCUACGAGGAGUGGCUGCUGAACGAGAUCCGGAGGCUGGAGCGGCUGGACCACCUGGCAGAGAAGUUCCGGCAGAAGGCCUCCAUCCACGAGGCCUGGACGGACGGCAAAGAGGCCAUGCUGCGACAGAAGGACUAUGAGACGGCCACGCUCUCGGAGAUCAAGGCCCUGCUCAAGAAGCAUGAGGCCUUUGAGAGUGACCUGGCUGCCCACCAGGACCGCGUGGAGCAGAUCGCUGCCAUCGCACAGGAGCUCAAUGAGCUGGACUAUUAUGACUCACCCAGUGUCAACGCCCGUUGCCAAAAGAUCUGUGACCAGUGGGACAAUCUGGGGGCCCUAACUCAGAAGCGAAGGGAAGCUCUGGAGCGGACUGAGAAGCUGCUGGAGACCAUUGACCAGCUGUACUUGGAGUAUGCCAAGCGGGCCGCACCCUUCAACAACUGGAUGGAGGGGGCCAUGGAGGACCUGCAGGACACCUUCAUUGUGCAUACCAUCGAGGAGAUCCAGGGACUGACCACAGCCCAUGAGCAAUUCAAGGCUACCCUCCCCGAUGCCGACAAGGAACGCCUGGCCAUCCUGGGCAUCCACAACGAGGUGUCCAAGAUUGUCCAGACCUACCAUGUCAAUAUGGCGGGCACCAAUCCCUACACAACCAUCACGCCUCAGGAGAUCAAUGGCAAAUGGGACCACGUGCGGCAGCUGGUGCCUCGGAGGGACCAGGCUCUGACAGAGGAGCACGCCCGCCAGCAGCACAAUGAGAGGCUACGCAAGCAGUUUGGGGCCCAGGCCAAUGUCAUCGGGCCCUGGAUCCAGACCAAGAUGGAGGAGAUCGGGAGGAUCUCCAUUGAGAUGCACGGGACCCUGGAGGACCAGCUCAGCCACCUGCGGCAGUAUGAGAAGAGCAUUGUCAACUACAAGCCAAAGAUUGACCAGCUGGAGGGCGACCACCAGCUCAUCCAGGAGGCGCUCAUCUUCGACAACAAGCACACCAACUACACCAUGGAGCACAUCCGUGUGGGCUGGGAGCAGCUGCUCACCACCAUCGCCAGGACCAUCAACGAGGUGGAGAAUCAGAUCCUGACCCGGGAUGCCAAGGGCAUCAGCCAGGAGCAGAUGAAUGAGUUCCGGGCCUCCUUCAACCACUUUGACCGGGAUCACUCCGGCACACUGGGUCCCGAGGAGUUCAAAGCCUGCCUCAUCAGCUUGGGUUAUGAUAUUGGCAACGACCCCCAGAAGAAGACAGGCAUGAUGGACACGGAUGAUUUCCGCGCCUGCCUGAUCUCCAUGGGUUACAACAUGGGAGAAGCAGAAUUUGCCCGCAUCAUGAGCAUUGUGGAUCCCAACCGCCUGGGGGUAGUGACGUUCCAGGCCUUCAUCGACUUCAUGUCCCGUGAGACAGCCGAUACAGAUACAGCAGACCAAGUCAUGGCUUCCUUCAAGAUCCUGGCUGGGGACAAGAACUACAUUACCAUGGAGGAGCUGCGCCGCGAGCUACCACCCGACCAGGCCGAGUACUGCAUCGCGCGGAUGGCCCCCUACACCGGCCCCGACUCUGUGCCGGGUGCCCUGGACUACAUGUCCUUCUCCACGGCACUGUAUGGCGAGAGUGACCUCUAAUCCGCCCCGCCCGGCCGCCCUCGUCCCGUGCGCCAUGCCCUACCUUGCACCUCCGCCGUCGCCCGUCUCCUGCCGGUGUUCGGUUUCAGCUCUCAGCCUCCACCGUGGCGAGCUGGGGCCCACGUGGCAUCGAGCCUCCCUGCCCGCGAAGUGACAGUUUACAAAAUUAUUUUCUGCAAAAAAAGAAAAAAAAAAAAGUUACGUUAAAAACCAAAAAACUACAUAUUUUAUUAUAGAAAAAGUAUUUUUUUCUCCACCAGACAAGAAAAAAAGAGGAAAGAUUAACUAUUUGCACCGAAAUGUCUUGUUUUGUUGUGGCAUAGGAAAAUAACCAAGCACAAAGUUAUAUUCCAUCCUUUUUACUGAGUUUUUUUCUUCUCUAUCUGUUCCAUCUGCUGUAUUCAUUUCUCCAAUCUCAUGUCCACUUUGGUGUGGGAGUCGGGGUAGGGGGUUCUCUUGUCAAAAGGCACAUUGGUGCAUGUGUGUUUGCUAGCUCACUUGUCCAUGAAAAUAUUUUAUGAUAUUAAAGAAAAUCUUUUGAAAUGGCUGUUUUUUAAGGAAGAGAAUUUAUGUGGCUUCUCAUUUUUAAAUCCUCUGAGGUUUGACUAGUCUCUUUAUCAGCACACACUUAAAAAAAUUUUAAUAUUGUCUGUUCAAAAUAGGACAAACUUGGGAGAGUAUGGACAACUUUGAUAUUGCUUGACACAGACGGUAUUAAAACCACUCUCC